CUAAAACAUCAUUGUCUGCUAAAAGCUCAGUGCGUAAAUGGGUCACCUACCACAUACCACAAUUAAUGCUAAAACUGACCUGUAAUGAUUCACAUAAUUAACCAUUUCAAUUCCUGACCCAUGUUGAAUCUAUAUAAUAGAUUAAUUAAAACAUGAUUUUAUGCUGAGGAAGAACAACGGUAUUGUCUUUUUCAAUGAUGUCUUUUAACUCUGGCAUUUAAGAGGAGCUUGGAUCAAAGGGAUUACAUGGACUAACAGGAUCCAUGGUAGGCUUUAGUGAGCCACAGCAUGUAAUAGGUCAAUGUAGUGAUUAGGGUGACCACCACAAAGUGUAGAAAAAGGGGGACACGUUAUGGAAUGUGGUGGGAAAUUUAAACUCAUAGAUAAUAACUGCUAAAACAUCAUAUGAUCUCUAGUUUUGAUGAGACUGAGAUUGGAAUAACACUGAAAACCACUAAACCCAAAAAGAUUUCAUUACAAGAAUAUAUGACACUAUUUUUAUAGUAUGUGGCAUUAUUGAAAAAGUGGAACAUUUUCUAAAUAAGGGGGACAAGGGAAAGGGUUAUAAAUGGCAAUCAAAAGAAAAACAGUUAACCCUAGCAGUGUUCACUUAAGUUCUACUGAAAAUCCCAUUUUAUAUGAUCAGUUUCAGAGCCAUGUCCAGACCUAGGCCCGUGGUGCUGAGUGGCCCGUCCGGAGCAGGGAAGAGCACCCUGAUGAAAAGGCUGAUGAAGGAGCAUGAAGGGCUGUUUGGGUUCAGUGUGUCCCACACAACCAGAAAUCCAAGGCCAGGAGAGGAGGACGGAAAAGACUACCACUUUACAACAAAAGAGGCCAUGAAACAAGGAAUUGAUAAUGGGGACUUCAUAGAAAAUGCAGAGUUUUCAGGCAACAUGUACGGAACAAGUAAAGCUGCAGUAGAAGAUGUACUGGCCAAGAAUGUAAUCUGCAUCUUAGAUGUGGAUAUCCAGGGAGUGAGAAGAAUUAAAGAAACAGACCUGAACCCUAUCUACAUCUCUGUUCAGCCGCCAUCCAUGGAGAUCCUGGAAAAGCGCCUUCGGGACAGGCAGACAGAGACAGAGGACAGUCUACAGAAGAGACUUGAAGCAGCGCGCAUCGAUAUGGAGCUCAGUAAAGAGGAUGGACUUUUUGAUGUGGUGAUCAUUAAUGACGACUUAGACAGAGCCUAUGAAGAACUCAAAGACAUCCUCAGUGAGGAAAUCACAAAGGUCCAAAAGGCACAGUCAUAACUGAAUACAUCUCCACUUCUGAGAAAGACCAACGCACGAGA